AACUUUUCACUCUGUACGAUUUUUCUCGACAAGUACAUCUUCUAAAUCAACCAAUCAACGGAGAGAUGGUGAAUGACUGCAUGACAGCAUAUUUGAAAGGAAAGGAAUCGCUGUAGUGUGGUUUUCUGCUGAAAAAAAUCCAGUAUGGCAGACACUUUGACUGAGAUAAAUGAAAAUACCAAGAUGGCCCGCGAGACAGCCCUGUUUGGACAGUAUGAUACGUCCCUCGUCUACUACCAGGGGGUCAUACAGCAAAUCCAGAAGUACCUGUCUGCCAUCAAAGACCCUGACAGGAGGCGGAAAUGGAUGCAGGCCAGAGACAUGAUCGUAUCAGAGUGUGAUCAAGUGAAAGAAAUUUGUGACACACUGGCAAGCUUCAAGAGUAACCCCAGACCAUCCGCAUACAAUUCUUAUGACAACCAAGAAAUUGGUUCACCUUUUGGCGACUACGCCAGAAAUGAUUAUUCCCGUCAUGAAGAACCAACCAGGGACCCAGAUGUUUGGCCACCCCCAACCCCAGUGGAGCAUAGACCGGGACCUAAUUAUAGAGGGGGUGCGAGACAGCCAGCCAGAAAACCAGAGCCUGCCCGAAACAGAGCAGCACCGAGUCGUGCUGGCCCAGGAGACAGAAGGGGACCAAGUCAGCCCAGUGGGAGGGGCAGACAGGCUGCCCCAGGGCAAAAAGAUAACAAGAAGAAGGGAGAUGAUGGAGAGAAGAAAUUUGACCCAACUGGUUAUGAUAAAGAUUUGGUAGAAAACUUGGAAAGGGACAUAGUACAGAAAAACCCCAAUGUCAGCUGGGAUAGUAUAGCAGAUUUAGUAGAAGCCAAAGCCUUACUGAAGGAAGCCGUCAUUCUACCGCUUGUCAUUCCCGACUUCUUUAAAGGAAUCAGGAGACCUUGGAAGGGAGUUUUAAUGGUGGGCCCCCCGGGCACCGGUAAGACCAUGCUGGCCAAAGCGGUGGCAACGGAAUGCGGCACCACAUUUUUUAAUAUCUCCUCCUCCACCCUCACCUCCAAGUGGAGAGGGGAGUCCGAGAAGCUUGUUCGGGUUCUGUUUGAAAUGGGCGUGUUGAUGGUUGGCCCACCAGGAACUGGCAAAACCAUGCUAGCUAAGGCGGUGGCGACCGAGUGUGGGACGACUUUUUUUAAUGUCUCGUCCUCGACGCUCACUUCUAAGUACCACGGAGAGUCCGAGAAACUGGUGCGGAUUUUAUUUGAGAUGGCUCGAUUCUACGCACCCAGUACUAUAUUUAUCGACGAGAUUGACUCCAUUGGCUCAAAGAGAGGCGGAGGUCAGGAGCAUGAAGCGAGUCGCCGCGUCAAAUCAGAGCUGUUGACACAGAUGGAUGGUGUAACUGCCACCCAGUCCACAGACGAGGAGGGAGAAAACAAGAUUGUGAUGGUACUCGCAGCCACAAACUUCCCCUGGGACCUAGACGAGGCCCUCAGAAGGAGACUGGAGAAACGAAUCUACAUUCCACUGCCCACAGAGAAGGGUAGAGAAGAUCUGUUGAAAAUCAACCUGAAGGGGGUAGAGUUGGCCAGCGACGUUAAACUCGCUGAAGUGGCCAAAAAACUGGAUGGAUAUUCCGGAGCGGACAUAACUAAUGUGUGCAGGGACGCUGCAAUGAUGUCCUUCAGAAGAAGGAUCAGUGGUCUCAAUGCGGAACAAAUCCGAAUGAUUCCGAAGGAGGAGCUCGAACUCCCGCCCACCAUGGAAGAUUUCACCAACGCGAUAAAAAAGGUUAACAAAAGCGUGUCCAACGACGAUCUAGAGAGAAAGAAAAUGGCGGAGAUCGCUGAUUCGGAGAGCGACCACCAGCCAGAUGUAGAUCAUCACAGUUUUAAUCCAGACAAUGUGAACACUGCCGAAUCAUCGACCUUUAACCCUGAUCACAUGAUGGAGGUGGAGAAGGUGGCGGGGGCAGGCUCCCCCGUGGACAGUAUCGACCCGAUGUCAUGGUCCGGGGAUUCCUUGGACCACAGUCUCCGUCUGGAGGAAGUCCCCAUCACGGCGGGGGGAGACAACGCCGGUGUUCAAUGUAAGUCUCCAGCAGAGAAACGUCAGCGGAUGGAUGACAGUAGUAGUGAGCUGAUGAGAGGGUCCCCCCGGGCCUCCCCCAGACCACAUACUGGGGAUGACCACUCGGAAUCGUCAGGGAAAGGUUCGUCACUGGACGACUCCAGGAAAAGCCCAGACACGAGAGAAAAAGAUGCACAACGAAAAGAGAAAGACAAAGAAAGGGAGGAGAGGAUCCGCCUUCAACAAAAAAAGAUGGCGGAGGACCGAGCCAAAAAACUAGAGGAAAUGCGGGAACAGCAGAGACUCGCCCAGGAAAAAAGAGAAAAACAACUGGAGCUUCGUCGCAUGAAAAUCGAGGAACUGCGAAGACGUGACGAGGAGCGCAGAUUGGCUGUGGAAGAACGACGACGGAAACUAGAAAACCAAGAUAGGGCAAGAAAAGAAGCCAUCAUUCAGAAAUCCAAUGACCGUCUGACGCGGUAUGAACAAUGGAAGGCCCAGAUGAGCAGUCGUAAAGGUGGGAUUAGCUAUGUGAUCGGCUUUGGGAGUCGAGCACCCCGCACAGUGUGUCAGCCUCUAGAGCGCCGCCGGUCAUCUUCUCAUAGCACUAUCUAUCGCCGGUCCCCACAGGGCUCCGACGCUGACUCUUAUAUUCCUCACCGCCGGGCCUACUCUGCCUGUAGCGUCCGCAGGCACUGCUGUAUAGAUAUUAACAAACUCAUGGGGCAGGCACCCAGCGGACCCCCUCCUACCCGGCCCAAGAGCACCAUGAACCUGUCCCACAGGGAACCAGUCAAACUAAGGGAAAGAACCACACCCAGGAAGCCCCGACCAGCCAGUGUAGCGGGGUCCACCCCCGCAUUCUCUCCAAAUGUCAAGAAGUCGACAGAUUCCCGAAGUAAAAGCACUGACAGACUUUCUAGACCUAGAGAGCGAUCCAAGCCUCCCACCCCCAGGCUAUUUCCAAAGAAGGAUGUGGACUCUCAGAAGAAGGAUAAGGACACAACCAAGAAAGAGACUCCCAAAGAGGUCACAAGGAGGGACCUCUCCAAAGACCUCACAAAGAAAGAGAGAACCCCCUUAAAGAAAGAGACCCCAAAACGAGAGAAGGAUGAACAAAACAAACAAGAGAAGGCUUCGGAGAAAAAGCAGACACCAGUGAAGCAGCCUGACACAAAAACCCCAACCAAGACAGUGUCAAAGGACGCCAAGAAAGAGGUGAAGGCCAAGAAAGUUGUGGCAACAACUCCCGAGAAAGAGAAAGCUCUGCUGGACCAGAAACCAGAAUCAGAGGGCAAGGAGGAAAAAGAAGCUUCAGAAAAUGUACCUGAAAAAUCAGAAGUACCAAGCCAUGAUGCAGAGACAAAAGAAAUAACAGCUGCAGAGGACAAAGUCACUGACAUUGAGCCAGAAAAAUCACCUGCUGUAUCACCUGCCUCAUCUCCUGAACCGGAGGAGGAGAAACCAAAAACACCCUCACCCAAACCAGGAACCCCUGAACCCAAGGGGCAGAAGACUCCCCCCACUGCACCAGGUACCCCAGAGAAAUCUGCUACCCGGGCACUGUCUCCCAAGCCCGGUACACCGGAGCCCAUUACAGCCCGGGCUGCCUCCCCCAAACCAGGGACACCAUCAUCUGCUGCCAAAAGUAAGAAGGAGCUGGAAUUAGAGGAGUACAAGAACAAGCUGGCAGAGAAACGACGCCAGGCGAGGGAGAAGGCGGAGAGAGAGGCGGAGAUAGAGAGGCAGAGGCAGGAGCAGCUCAGGCUUGAAGAAGAGGAGCGACAGAGGCGAGAGGAGGAGGAACAGAGGAGGAUGGAGGAGGAGGCCCAACAGCUGGCCGCACUGGCUCGACAGGCCGAGGAAGAGAGGCUCCGAAAAGCAAUAGAGGCAGAGGAACUCCGAAAGAAGGAGGAACAAGAGAGAUUGGAGCAGGAGAGGAAAGCUAAAGAAGAAGCAGAACAAAAAGCCCGGGAGGAGGCAGAGAGAGCUGAGAGAGAAAGACAGGAGAAGGCCAAGAAGGACGAACUGGAGCGCCAGGAGAGAAAGAAGAGACUGGAGAUGAUAAUGAAGAGGGUGAAAUCCGACUCUCCAAUGAGCGCUUCCACAGAAAAUCUGAGGAGUGAAGGAAUGACAUCCUCCCUGUCCAGCUCUCUCAUUGGAUCGCUGACCGGCUCAUCUGAGAAACUGUUGGAUGACCAGAAGUCAAGUGAAAAUGGUGUAUCGUUCAACUUGGAGGAUGCUAACGGAGAGGGCGGGAAACCCCAGGAAACUCCUGCCUCCAAAUUCAAGUCUCCACUGUUACAGAAACUCGUAGAAAACAAAUCUCAAAAUGGUGGCAGUGAAACUCCCAAAUUCAAAUCUCCACUUUUGCAGAAUCUACUAGGAAAGAAAGGAAGAUUAAAUCUAGACAAAUUAGACAGUGAAAAAUCUGAUGGAUCAGACUCUGAGAAAAACGACGGGAAGCCUGAGAAUGGGGAUUACGUUCCAUCUGAGGGCAGUGACAGUGGACUAAGAGUGAAGAGUUCCUCACAAGGGGAGUUAACUCUAGAGAAAAGUGAUAGUAUAGAGAGUGAGGAGGAUAGUAAUUCUAGUGACAGUAAGGGGGAGACUGUGAUACAAAGUAGUGAGAGCGUGUCAGUCCACAACGGGGGCAUGCACCAGGAACUUGUAGACUCUAGUAUUAGCAUGACAACAAAUGACUCGCUUGGAACAUCCUUUUCUGUAGACGGUUCUCUCAGUGCUUCACGAAGUGAGCAGGUGCCCCAUGAAAGCGAGUUUGAGGAGGUUAUAGAUUUAAACAAUAGGAACAAACAAUUGGCCAAUACUGAAGACUUGCUGAAUUUGAAUACAGUGGAGAAUUUAGAUAAUCGGGACGCUGGAGCCGACAUCAUACCUAAACCAAUCAUCGCCUUCGAAGACAAUGCAACCAGACGACAAGAAGUCUCAGUGGUAACCAAUGGGGUGACCAUGGGGACAGAUGAUUCCACCAAUCAUCAGAAUGGAUCGGAGGAUGGGACGCCCACUGGGGUUUCCUCGUCCUCGGUCAUCUUAAGUCAUCAUGUUGUGACAUCAUCAGCAGGAUCCACUCCCGGCUCGCGCGCCUCCACCCCGAUGGACGCUUUGUGGCAACAGCUGGAGAAGACCAUGGUGUCCAGUAUUGACCGGGUGCGGUCGACCCUGGAGGAUCAUGGUGUGGGGGAGGGGGAUGAGGACAGUGAGUCUGAGGAGGGACACAUAUGGAGGAUGGUUCAGGGGGAUUCCCCGUACACCAUCGAAUUUGUCUGAUCCAUUUCUUGUUUUAGAUAGGCUAUCAAAUAAUGUGUACAAAAACUUUGACGAUAAUUCAUUGUAGGUAUGUCAAUGAGAUAAUAUAAGAAAUGUGCUAUAAUUUAGUCUUGAGGUUGGAAUCUCAUUAAAAGUUUCCAUGUAUUUCUGUAUCUAAACUGCAGAUAAAAAUGUUUUGGCAAGAGAGUACACCAUUCAGAUUCCAUUUGAUCCCCAUUGUGAUCCCCAGCCAUCAAAUAAUAUAUAUGUAGAUUCACAAUGUAUUUAUUUAUGUCACUCAGUCACAUGACUGUCAUGUGAUCUGUGAAUGGCUUCAGUUGAUGGUAUGGGCUACUGGUUUUGUGAUUUUUUUCCUUCCCAAGUUCAUUGAGCAUUUGCUUAAAUUUGAAUAGUGCAUAUUUAUGGUAUUUUUAAGGUUACUGUUACUAUUAAAUGCAUUGGUUACUUUUUAUGAUUUUUUUUUUACAAUUAUUUUUAAUUUACAUUUAAUGACAUAUUUUUUUCCAAUGUUGAACAUGUGGAACAAUAUUGAAACUGGUGUAUUCUUUCUGAGAUUAUAUUUCUCAUUAAGUGCUCAUCUUGUGUAAUGAAAUGACUUGUUUUCUGGAAUAAUUUAGAAAGGAGUUAUACAUGUACAAUUGGUAAAAGUUGUGAUAUUUCCUCAUUAUAACAGUUAUAAAGUUGUAUGAUUAUAUAGUGGUACCCUCAACAAUAUUGACAGUAUUUAUUACAACAAAUAUCCAUAUCUAGUCUUUUUUACCCAUUGAGUAUGCAAAUAACAAAUGUAAUUGCUUCCCUCUAUAGAUUGGGAGCCUGCCAGUUAACGACCUCAGGAUAUAGAAUUAAUUAAUUACUCUGAAUAAACACAACCCCGUUAGUGAUGUUUUAUGUACUAGUUUUACUGUGGGCUACUCUGUUCUGUCGAUUAAGUAACUGAUGUGAUGUGAUGAACGUAAGAAUGUAACUGUCCUCUUCAAACCUUGUGUUCUAUAGAUUCAAUACGUCUGUAUUAUUUAUCUGUGUACAUACGAUUCCAGCAGUUCUUCCCCUGUUUACAUUCAGUUUGACGGUUUCCCUAUAAAAUGAGGUCCCAGUGAUUCAUUGCCAGGAGGAUGGAGACAGAUCUAGACUCCACUAGGUCUUCUCCCUAACCCUGUACAGCAUGAUCACUCCAUCUCAUAACCAGCUUAUACUCUGUCAGUAUUCCCUCCCUUUUGUGCGAAAGUCAUUUCCUUUUCAUUUAUUAUCCCUUUUAACUUCCCAAUAAGCUUAUUGGCCAUGUUUAUAAUGUGUCCCUAUACAUUUUGGAUUAUGUCUGCCUGACAAGAUUUGAAAAAUACCUUACACAAUUAAUAAAUCUUGAAUAAUACAAUUAUUAUCCUUACUAGCAGAAUACCAAGAUUAAAAUAUAAUCCUAUCGACAAUAUUUCUAGUAACAACUAAUAUCAAGAGAAGUAACUCUGUCGUGAUUAGCAGGUGCGCGUUGUGGGACACAUUAUAGAAGGCCUUUGAUCAGGGGUGAUGGGCGGAUCAGAGCACACCUCUAGUUCCCUUGUUCAGCUUCACAUUUUCGACAGAAACUAACAAGGGGACUAACUCUUGUCCUUUUAUAAUUUUUCCCUUUUUUCAUGGUUAUGGCAAAUCUUACUGCUGGAAUUGUUUUUACGAUAAUGAAGAAAAUCAAAGAAUGAAAUUUAUUUACGAAGCAGAAUUUUUUCACUAUAACUUUUUUAUUAUUUAAUGAAGUUAACUAGAAAACUUCGAUAUAAAUUGACAAUUGACUGUACAGGCCCAUAGAAGAGAUAUUGGUCUUGUCUUAUGUGGCCUUUAAUUACGGUACCAGUUUCUUUUACUUGGUUCUAUAAUAUGGCUAAUUGUAUUUGAUUGAUUCAGCUUUGCUUUUUUACUGAAAUGAGUUGAACGCAGAGCUAAAUUAAAUGUGUCUUGUCACUACAAAAAGUAAUAAAAACACAAAGAACUUA